AUGUCCGAUCGUGCCGGAGCCCUCCCGGGCAAACCCAAGUUGCCGAAUCUACUCACCGAAAACCUCAACCUGGCCUUCCUAAACCGCCUUCCCCAACGCUACCAGAAUCGCCGCCGGCCGAGGACAAAGUCUAACGCGAGAGAGCAGGGUGCCGAGGAUCUAACAAGUCUCUACACGUCCUUCAAUGUCUGGGAUGGCAUCCGCGACCUGCAAAAGCACAACUUCAAAAAGUCGGACCUGCAAUAUGUCUUCCUCCUCUUCCUCACCCUCUUCUCUCUCUACAUUGCGCCUUCGGCACCCGCGCUGAAAUUUUUUGCUCUCGCCACUUCCGUCUGGCUUCUUCUAAUGCCCGCGACACGUCAGAUUCUACUUCCGUCAUCGAUGAUUUGGAUUUGGCUCCUCUACUUUUUCUGUAGUCGUUUCAUCGAUUACAAGUACCGUCCCCAUAUCUGGGUUCGCGUUCUCCCAGCUCUCGAAAAUGUCUUGUAUGGCGCCAAUCUGUCCAACAUCUUGUCCGCCCACAAGCAUCCAGUCCUCGAUAUCCUCGCCUGGUUGCCCUACGGCAUCAUGCACUUCGGCGCCCCCGCUAUCUGCUCCCUCAUUCUCUUCAUCUUUGCGGCGCCCGGGACCGUCAACGUUUUUGCACGUUCCUUUGGUUGGAUGAGCAUCCUCGGUGUCACGAUCCAACUCAUGUUUCCCUGCACGCCGCCCUGGUACGAAAACGAGAAUGGUCUAUCGCCCGCUGCCUACGGCAUGCAUGGCUCGCCCGCCGGUCUCGCCCGCGUUGACGCCAUUUUCGGUAUCGAUCUUUACACGACCAACUUCACCAACGCCCCUCUGCCUUUCGGCGCCUUCCCUUCGCUGCACGCGGCCAACGCUGUUCUUGAAGCUCUAUUCAUGAGCCACGCCUUCCCCCAGUUCCGCAACUUCUUCAUUGUGUACGCUGGUUGGGUUUGGUGGGCUACCAUGUAUUUGAGCCACCACUACGCCGUCGAUCUUGUUGGAGGUGGUCUGAUUGCCGCUGCCUUCUUUUACACAGCUCGUGCUAGAUGGCUUCCCCAGAGACAGGCCGACAAGCUGACCCGCUGGGAAUACGACUAUGUCGAGAUCGGUAACCGCCACAUCAUUACUGAUGAAGAAUACGGUCAAUAUUUCGGUCUCAAUAUUAUCGACAACCGUCGAUCGAGCCAGAGCGACGACUGGACCCUGGGCAGCAGCUCGAGCUGCAGCUCUAGUAGUGGAACCCUGAGCCCUGUCACCUCUGAGGAGACGAUACCCGGGCUUUUGGAUCUGGAUUCAGAUCACGAAAGCCAACGGGAUCGUAACGACCUUUAUUACAUCUUUGGUAUUCAUCGGCACAGCGACUUGGCGCAAAACAUUGGUGUUUCUUACGAGCUGUCGUGUACUGACUCGACACGCCCUUUUCGGACUAUUACGCCAUUUCUCGAGACAUGCGAGGCCAAUUCUAAUUCUUAA